GAUCGGAGCUUUUCCGCUCUUGGCCUCUUUGAGAGUCGUUUGAUAUUUUGAUUGAUCGAAGAACGUGUGACCUUUUACAUCGGAUUUAUUAGCUACAAGAUAAUAUAAUUUCUUUUCGCUUGGCUCUCCGUUGUCAAACUACAGAGGAAGAUGUUUGGCUCAUCCAAUCCUUUUGGACAGUCAUCUGGUACCAGCCCAUUUGGGUCCCAAUCUUUGUUUGGUCAGACCAGCAAUACAAGUAGUAAUAAUCCCUUUGCUCCAGCUACUCCGUUUGGCACGUCUGCUCCUUUUGCUGCACAGUCGGGAAGUUCAAUAUUUGGAAGCACUUCAACCGGUGUGUUUGGUGCACCUCAAACAUCCUCUCCCUUUGCCUCCACCCCAACUUUUGGAGCUUCUUCAUCACCAGCAUUUGGGAAUUCCACUCCGGCCUUUGGAGCAUCUCCAGCAUCUUCACCUUUUGGUGGAUCUUCUGGUUUUGGGCAGAAACCUUUGGGAUUUUCAACGCCUCAGUCAAAUCCUUUUGGAAACUCCGCGCAGCAAUCCCAACCUGCAUUUGGAAACACCACUUUUGGUUCGUCUACACCUUUUGGUGCCACUAACACGCCUGCCUUUGGCGCUUCAAGCACGCCUGCUUUUGGCGCCACAAGCACACCCUCGUUUGGUGCAUCAAGCACGCCUGCCUUUGGUGCCACAAACACGCCUGCCUUCGGUGCCUCAAACUCUCCCUCCUUUGGCGCCACAAACACACCUGCAUUUGGCGCGUCACCGACUCCAGCUUUUGGUAGCACUGGCACCACGUUUGGCAACACUGGCUUUGGCUCUGGAGGUGCUUUUGGAGCUUCAAGCACCCCUGCUUUUGGUGCAUCAGGCACUCCGGCUUUUGGUGCAUCAGGCACUCCUGCCUUCGGUGCAUCAAGUACUCCUGCCUUUGGGGCAUCCAGUACUCCUGCCUUUGGGGCAUCCAGUACUCCUGCCUUUGGGGGAUCUAGUACUCCUUCUUUUGGUGCAUCAAAUACCUCAUCCUUUAGUUUUGGCUCGUCUCCAGCUUUUGGCCAGUCUACAUCAGCCUUUGGUAGCAGCACCUUUGGCUCUACACCAUCUCCCUUUGGAGGUCAAGGUGCGCAGGCUUCAACCCCUACAUUUGGGGGUUCUGGUUUUGGUCAAUCAACUUUCGGUAGUCAACAAGGGGGCAGUCGAGCUGUGCCUUAUGCACCAACAGUUGAGGCAGAGACAGGGACCGGUACUCAGCCUGCUGGAAAGUUGGAAUCUAUUUCUGCCAUGCCAGCAUACAAAGAUAAAAACCAUGAGGAGCUUAGGUGGGAAGAUUACCAGCGAGGAGAUAAAGGUGGACAACUUCCUGCUGGCCAGUCUCCUGGCAAUGCCGGAUUUGGUAUAUCACCUGCUCAACCAAAUCCUUUUUCUCCAUCACCGGCGUUUGGUCAGACAUCAGCAAAUCCAACAAACCCUUUUUCGAGCUCAACAUCUACCAACCCUUUUGCCCCUCAAACCCCAACAAUUGCCAGUGCGAGUUUUGGAACGGCUACCUCAAAUUUUGGUUCCUCGCCCUUUGGUGUAACAUCUUCUUCCAAUCUUUUUGGUUCAGGUUCAUCAACUACCACAUCCGUUUUUGGAUCAUCCUCCGCUUUUGGAACAACGACAUCAUCACCGUUAUUUGGUUCAUCAAGCACUCCGGGAUUUGGCUCUUCUUCAUCAAUCUUUGGUUCAGCUCCUGGUCAGGGGGCAACUCCAGCAUUUGGCAACAGUCAGCCAUCUACUCUGUUCAAUUCAACCCCUUCGACCGGACAGACUGGUUCAGCGUUUGGACAGACUGGUUCUGCUUUUGGACAGUUCGGACAGAGUAGUGCUCCUGCAUUUGGCCAAAAUAGCAUUUUUAAUAAACCUUCCACUGGAUUUGGAAACAUGUUUUCAAGUUCUUCAACAUUAACUACGUCUAGCAGCUCUCCCUUUGGACAAACAAUGCCUGCUGGUGUGACACCCUUUCAAUCAGCUCAGCCAGGUCAAGCAUCAAAUGGUUUUGGUUUCAACAACUUCGGUCAAAAUCAAGCAGCUAAUACAACUGGAAAUGCUGGUGGACUGGGAUUUUUUGGUCAAGGCAACUUCGGGCAAUCGCCUGCUCCGCUGAACUCUGUUGUUUUGCAACCAGUUGCUGUUACAAACCCAUUUGGAACACUUCCUGCUAUGCCUCAGAUUUCAAUAAAUCAAGGUGGAAAUUCACCUUCCAUUCAAUAUGGAAUCUCCAGCAUGCCUAUUGUUGACAAACCUGCUCCUGUUAGAAUAUCAUCUCUCCUGACUUCUCGACACCUAUUACACAGGCGGGUCAGGCUGCCGGCAAGAAAGUACCGUCCUGGCGAGAAUGGUCCAAAGGUUCCAUUUUUCACUGAUGACGAGGAGAGCUCAAGUACACCAAAGGCGGAUGCUCUUUUCAUUCCAAGGGAGAACCCUAGAGCUCUAGUUAUACGCCCAGUUCAACAGUGGUCUUCAAGGGAUAAAUCAAUACUUCCAAAGGAACAACGCCCGACUGCUCCAGUACAUGACAAUGGGAAGAGUCCUGACAUGGCCACUGAUGCAGCAAACCAUGACAGAAAUGGUAACGGAGAACUUGGUGCUACUGGAGAAAGAAUUCAUACAUCAGUCAAUGCAAAUCAGAAACCGAAUGGCACAACACGCUCAGAUCAGGCCAGCGAGAAAGAGCGUCCCUACAAAACACUAAGUGGACACAGAGCAGGAGAAGCCGCGAUUGUUUAUGAGCACGGUGCAGAUAUCGAGGCUCUUAUGCCGAAGCUACGACAAUCUGAUUAUUUCACAGAGCCACGUAUCCAGGAACUAGCAGCUAAGGAAAGAGCGGAUCCGGGUUACUGCAGGCGGGUAAGAGACUUUGUGGUGGGACGACACGGUUAUGGUAGCAUAAAGUUCAUGGGAGAGACAGAUGUGCGUAGGCUAGACUUGGAAUCACUGGUUCAGUUCAAUACACGGGAAGUGAUUGUAUACAUGGACGAGAGCAAGAAACCGGCUGUUGGGCAAGGUUUGAAUAAACCGGCGGAAGUAACGUUGCUGAACAUAAAAUGUAUUGAUAAGAAGACAGGGAAACAGUUUACUGAAGGAGAGAGAGUGGAGAAGUAUAAGAUGAUGCUUAAGAAGAAAGCUGAGGCACAAGGAGCUGAGUUUGUGUCAUUUGAUCCAGUGAAAGGCGAAUGGAAGUUUCGGGUCGAGCAUUUUAGUUCGUAUAAGCUGGGCGACGAAGAUGAAGAAGAUGGAGUUUAGGGUCUCAUCUCAGAGUUACUCUCUUGGAACUGAUCUGUUUUGUGUAGUGAAUGUUGGAAUUGUGCAGUAGCAAAUAGUGCCCUACUCCAUUUGUUGUGUGUUUCUUUCUAUACCUUUUUUUUUUGUUCUCAUAGUUUUUUCUUGUUUCCUUAUAAUUUUCUCCUUUUUUGGGGGUUCGGUGUGUACUGUGUAAUGGACCUAAUGGUAUCUGUUACUGUAUUUGAACGAAACUGUUUUUUUUUCUUCUUUUA